AUGGAUAACGCGUUUGACUACGGAUCAGAAGAUUCUAGGUUCGACUCCUCGCUGGCUCGGAGGGGUGCGAGCUCGGCCAACCAGAGCAGAGACGGGGAUGUCCCCCUGCCCCCCACUCCCAGGGAGGGGUGCGAGCUCGGCCAAUCAGAGCAGAGAAGGACCCCCCAGGCCGGGGGAGGGGCCGGUCGGGGCGGAGGCUAUAAGGGCGUGGGAGGGGGCGAGGCCAGCCCCGCCGUAGUAGCCAGUCCCGGUGGGAUGCUCAGAGGCCAGCGGCGAGGCCAGCCCCGCUCGCCCCCGGCCGCGGCGACCCCCUACCCGCGCCCUGCGCCCGACAUGGCCCUCUACUGCGGGGGCGAGAACCUCAGCGUCUACCCUCAGGCCAGCCUGCACCCCACCUACGGCCUGGGGGACUACGGGACGCCCCCCGCCACCAACCCCUACCUGUGGCUCAACGGGGCCGGGGGGGUCGGGGGCUCCCCCGCCCCCUACCUGGCGCCCCCCCAGGCCGGGCCCGGGCCCCCGUUCCUACCGCCGGCCCCCCCGGGCCCGGCCUCCUCCUCCUCCUCGGCCUCCUCCUCCUCCGGGCCGCCCUCCGGCUUCCCCCCGCGCCCCUUCGUGGCCGCCCCCGGCUCGCCCUCGCCCGGGGCGGGCGAGCUGGGCUGGCUGUCGCUGGCCAGCCAGGAGGAGCUGCUGAAACUGGUGCGGCCCCCCUAUUCUUACUCGGCCCUGAUCGCCAUGGCCAUCCAGAACGCCCCCGACCGCAAGCUGACCCUCAGCCACAUCUACCAGUACGUGGCCGACAGCUUCCCCUUCUAUAAGCGCAGCAAGGCCGGCUGGCAGAACUCCAUCCGGCACAACCUGUCGCUCAACGAUUGCUUCAAGAAGGUCCCGCGCGACGAGGACGACCCCGGAAAAGGCAAUUACUGGACUCUGGACCCUAACUGCGAGAAGAUGUUCGACAACGGGAACUUCCGACGCAAGCGGAAGCGCCGUUCGGAGCCCGGCGCAAACUCUGUGAUGGCGAGCGGGGCCCCCAGACAGGAGGAAGGGCAACCACCUGGUUCCGCAGCUGCAGGGAAGUCGGUGCCCGGGGACAACAGCCCUCACUCCUUGCUGGGGUCCUCCCCAUCCCCAGAGCCUCCGGACGAGGUCAAGGGAAGCGCCUCACCACCCGGAGGCCCCUUGUUCUCCUCCACCCCGUGCCUCAACUCCUUCUUCGGGAGCCUCAGCGCCCUGAGUGCCGGGGUGAGCCACCAGAGAGGGCUCCCGGGUGGUCGCCACUUAGGGCUGGCAGGUAAAGCGCAACCUGAGGCUGGGCACCUGGGCCCCAGCGGGAACAACAACAGCAGCAGUGGCAACAGCCAGCGACCCUCCUCCUCCUCCUCCAACUCCUCCUCCUCUUCAUCUACCUCUUCCUCCUCUUAUUACAACCCCUUUCCCGGGCAGAGCAGCCACUUCGCCAACCCAUUCUACAAUAGCUUCAGCGUCAACAGCCUCAUUUAUCCCCGGGAGGGCUCCGAGGUGUAAGUCCAAGGAAAAGGCACCAAGAAAGGUGGCCAGAGAGGCGAAGACAGUUUCCCAGGCAGGUUCGGUGGCCCAUCUGGACACCUGUAUUAGGACCACUGGAGACAGUUUAAAAAAAAAAAAGG